AGAACCGCCUGGAAUUUUGAGAAACACAGCGUCAAAUUUCGCCCACUCGAGCCACGUAACGAUGAGCUAACGGCUGAAUGCACGCAAGAAUGCGCAGAAGAAGCCAAACCCAAGCCAUUGCCCCUGGUGCAGACAGGGCCCCCUCAUCUGGAGCUGAUCCAAAAGCAGCUGUCUUGCCCGAAACGCAUUCUUGCGCAUCUCGGAGGGCGGCAACAUAUCAGGUCACCCAGACUCGCGCAGGGGGCCGUGUGAAGAGGAGCCACGCUCAGCCUUGACGCGCGCGGCUGGAAAUAGGAGCCGGUGGCCGGGCCCAGCGCCUUCUUGGGCAGCGCUCGAAAUAACAACAAGUGGGGGUAAGGGGGCGGGUCCCGCGGCCAGCGCCACCGCAGUCGGGUAUCCGUCGGGCUUGAAGUCGAGGCUCGGCGGAUCCACCAUGGGAACCCGUCGACGACAGCCUUACCUCCACAUGGUGUACGACCGGAACCAGCAGUACGGCGACAGCCUGUACCGCAAGACCGUGGACGACUUGUACUUACGAGAAGGCAUCAUGCCUCCGCGCGCCCUGCUUUCCAGCAGGCGCUUCGACGACUCGUACUUCAUGACGCGCUACCCGAGGAUUCCCUCCAUGUACCGCCUGAUGAAGCGAUGGGACACUGGCGAUGACUUAGCCUUGCAGCGGAGCAUGUCGCUGUCGCACAUCACACAUCCAGAGUACAGCAGGGCUCUACUCAACCGGCUGCUCUACCCUGACGACAAGCUGUCCCGGCGCUUCGGUAAUCAGAACAAGCUGCACGUCCACUCGUCCCACGAUCGCCACGUCCGCGCUAUGGAGGACCACCGUUCGCUGAUGGCCGAGCUCGAGUUGCAGGAGGUGCAGGACCGACUUCGCCGUGAGCACAACCGCAAGUGGUUCAACCCGGACGCCAUCGCAUACGAGAUUCCAUCAUACAGAGACGACCCGCUGGCCACCGUGUACCGCCGUCGCAGGCCGUUCAGCUUCUACGACUUCUACUACUGGCUUUAGACCUGCCCGACCGCCGUGCCCUUCUCAGUGGACCUUUGCGAUGACAACUGUGAGCCCCCAAAACUUUAGGGACACCCGACUUAUCGGUACAACGGUACUGUUGAUUACUGCCUCGGAUGCAUACUUAGUGUAAUCAAUUCCCUCUAGAAGAAUAAAUGUCUAAAUUUCUGGC